ACUCAAACAAGUAUAAAAAUAAACAGCAUCAGAAUAUAUACUAAAUCAACCAAUUAUAUGAGCUUUUAUAACAUAAUCAACUUUCAAAUCAAACCUCCACUUAUUUAUCUAAAUAAAAAGUUGAUUGCACUUGGCUAGAACUUAUUAUAAGAUAAUCUUUUGGGUUUGGACAGACUAUUAUAUUGCCUUUUGUUUCCCUUUAUAAUAUUUUUGGCUUAAGAAGACUAUUGGCUUCCUAAUCACAAAAGUCUAAAAUCAAUUGAAAACAUUGGUGGCUCUUUUGCUUCAUUACUUUUUCUAUGUCCUUGUCUUCAUGUGAACACAUUUGCAUAAUCUGUGGGUUCUUCUACUUUCUGUUCUAACACAAACACACACACACACACACACACACACACACUCAUAAUUAUUAAAAACAAUCCCACAGAUCCUGAUCGUGCGUACACCACUUGGCUUUUCACCCAUGACCCGACAAUGAUUUGGCAAAUGUUUUGUUUUGUGUCAUCAAUCUACCGGAAAUCCAUAAUCAUUAUUGAUCAAAAGAGCAGCCAAGUGCAUUUUUGUCUUCUUACCACAGUCACCCUAGUAUGAAAGAGUUUUUAAGGAGAUCUUCAAGCCUUUCUUGAUGACUAACACAAACCAGAAAAGAAAAGCAAUCUUCCCACAGCUUCUCCAUAUCAGAUUCACCCUAUCUUGCUUUCACGGUGAACGACCUGCUUUGACCGGGAACCAAAGAGCCAAUACACCAACAACCAAGGAACAGGAGUGGGUGGUCCCUAGGAACACCCUUCUUUGAGUAAGUCCUUGGUCUAAGUGCUGUCCUAUCUAGUUAUCCCGGUAUCGGUCUUUCAAUAGUCAUUCCUCUAGGGUUCAUUAUAGUGAUCAAACCCUUCCCCCACAAAGGGAAAUGGAAGGAGAGAAGGAGACAGUUAGGUGUUGCAGUGAUUGCAAGACCACCAAGACACCAAUGUGGAGAGGUGGACCAUCUGGUCCCAAGUCUCUUUGCAAUGCAUGUGGGAUAAGAUUCAUGAGACAGAGACGAACCGAGUUAUUGGGUAUUCGUAUUAUUCAUACCCACAAAGCCUACAAGAAGAUAAACCCAUCGUUAUUAUCAUCACAUGGUAGCGCGGGUUUGAAGAAACAACGGCGGAGUCUAAAGGAGGAAGAACAAGCUGCUCUGUGUCUACUAUUAUUGUCUUGUAGCUCUGUUUUCGUCUGAGAGAAAAAAAAACAGAGAAUAUCCCGCUGAAAAGACAGUUUUGUCCUUUAUAUUUUGUAAUAAAAUUCAGUCUGAUUACAAAUGGAUCAUAGUGGUUACCACUUACCACAACGAUGUGCAUCUCAAUCUCGCUAGUCUCACCAGUUAAACUAAAAGGCUCAUUAUCAGCUCUACGGGGAUAAACUACGAGGGAUGGUAAAGCUGGCGCAAGGAGAUUACUUGUUUUUUUUACAUACUUGGCUUGACUUAAACGAGUAAUGGAUUUUGGACUUAUAUUUGACUUGUCAAAAACGAAUACUUGUCCAAAAAUAUGUUACUUGCAAGUUAUUUAUCUU